CUCACGCACGCGGGAUUGGCCCGCAUGCGUAGCAUCCGCAAAGAACAAUUUCAUAUAGGUAUCUAUUGUAAAGCGUGAUAUACGCACGCGGGACGCGGGGCGCUGUGCGGGGCGCCACCCCGGUGCGGGGUAUCCGCAUGCGUAAGCACUGCCUACAACUUCAGUGCCCAUUUUAGAGUCGAACGGGGCGCACGCGCCGUAUUGUACUGCCGAAAUGAAAAUCGAUACAGAGCGAGUAAUCAUUGAAGUUCAUCUGCGGCCCGUUUUGUGGGAUAAACGCAAUGAAUUAUACAAAAACAGGGACGCGAGAGAGGCUGCAUGGAGAGAUAUUUUGAAGGAAUUGGCACCUAACUACGAAAAUUUGAGCGAAGAGGAAAGAAAAGAGGCGGACAAGAAAAUACAACAACGCUGGCGAACAGCAAGGGACACUUACCAGAAAGACAAGAUAUCUGAAAAAAAUCAGCCAUCCGGCUCUGGGAGUAAGAAGAAGAAGAAAUAUUCUUACUAUGACAUUUUGACUUUCUUAGACAGUACAACGGAAACUGCCGGAGAAGAGUCACUCUGUGAAGAAAUGUCUGAACAAAGUAAUUUAGAAACACCUAAUGAGUCCACGCAACUAGGUACUUCACGUCAAGAAAGUUCUCAACUAACAUCACAACGUAAUUUAGAAACACGUAAUGAGUCCACGCAACCAGGUACUUCACGUCAAGAAAGUUCUCACCCAACAUUAAAACAAAAACAAGUAAAAUCUAAAAAGCAAGCACCAUCCGAAUUUGAGGCACAGUUAUUAGAAUGCUUAAAGUCUAAGCAACUGGAGCUGGAAAGUGAGGAUUUGGCUUUCUUUCAGUCUCUGCAGCCUUCAUUAAAAAGAUUCACUAGAUAUCAAAAACUAAUGUUCAGAACAAAAGUGUUAAAUAUAGUUAUGGAAAUGGAAAGUCAAACACAACCUCCAUACUACAGCCCCAUACCUACAACAAGUUCUAGUGCUUUUACUGAGCUUGACAGUUUGUCACCGAUAAAUCAAGAUUACCAAACCAAUAGUAUAAUCCAGGAUACUUCCAGUCUUAACGACAAUGCUAUUAGUUCUGCUGCAGUGAAUGAUAAUGAAACUCUUAUUUCGACUGAAAGUCGCCUGUUUAAUAUCACGUCUUAUGACAUAAUUUAUAACCCAGCAACAACAUCAUCUACUGGCGAAAGUAAUGUCAACGCUCAGGAUACAAAUUUACAAAGAAAUGAAUGAUGUAAAAUUUGAUUUUUAAUUUAUGAAUAAAACUCUUUUUAUUAAAAUGAG